AUGAAAUAUAUACUAGAAGACCAAAUCACUUUGAUUACAGGUGGAUCUCAGGGACUAGGAAAACAAUUUGCACAAAAAUAUUAUCAAGAGACUAUAAACUCGAAGAUUAUUAUUAUCAGUAGAUCAGAAGACAAAUUAAGAAAUGCUGUAACAGAUAUUAUAUUGACAGCUACAAAUAGAAAGAAAGAAGAAGCUCUUUCAGAAAAUGAUGAACAAACUGUUCAUCUAUUGGAAGAUGCACAUACUGAUAUUGACCCUAUCAUUAUUAAUGAACAUACUUUGCAUUCUACAAUUGCAGACCAUCGUUUAUUUUAUAUGCCUUGUGAUUUGUCAGAUUAUGAAUCGGUAGCAAGUCUUUUCCAAACGUUAACUAUGGUUAAUAUGUUACCAACUCAAGUAUUAUCUUGCGCAGGUGGAUCUACACCAAAACUAUUUAAAGAUUUAACAGGGUUUGAAUUGGAAAAUGGUGUUAGAAUGAAUUAUUUAACUGCAUUAUAUCUAUCACAUCAAGUAGCUAGAGUAGUACCCAAUUGUCAUUUAAUUUUGUUCUCUAGUGUUACUGCUUUUUUCCCUUUCAUCGGAUAUAGUCAAUAUGCUCCAUUAAAAGUAUCUUUGAAAGCUUUGGUAGGUAUCCUUCGACAUGAAUUACCUUAUGCUCGAAUAUCGUGUGUAUUUCCCGGAAAUUUUCAAUCUGAAGGGUUUGAAUUGGAAGAAGUAACAAAACCUGAUAUAACAAAAUCAAUAGAAGGUCCAUCUUAUCCAAUAUCAUGUGAAGAAUGUUGCAACAAGAUCGUAUGGUGGUUAGAGAUGGGAUAUGAUGAUAUAACGACGGAUGUCGUGGGUUGGUUCUUAAUGUCCUUGGAUAUGGGACUUAAUAAACAUAAUAAUAAAUCAUUUCUUUGGAUAUGUCAACUAUUGAUUGGAACACUCGCGAAUUUAAUCAUUGUGCCAAUAUACAUGGUGAUUUGUUCUAUACAGAUAAAAUUAUGGCAUAAUAGACAAUCACAUCAAGAAUAA